GGAAAAAGUAAUCCUGAUAGUAGAGAAAUGUGUUUGGGAAGAAGAUGUUCCAUUUUCUCUCUUGGUCUGCAUUUCUUUUGGAUCCUCUUGUUUCUCUGUGAUAAGUCGAGUCGGUGAGUGGAGCCCAGAGCUCCUGGUUUCGGAGCAGAGAACUGUUUCCACCUGUGUCCAGCGGGGCAGGUGCCACGGGCAGCGAGGAAGGCCCUGGAUUCCGGCUCAAGACAGGGCAGUGUGACAGAGUUGGGGUGAGCAUGAGACUAGGACCGGUCAGAACAGCUCUGAGGGUCACACUGGGUUGAGUGGGAGUCCUGGCGUUCCUGCCUUUGUGUCCCAGGAGCCUGGCAGUGAGGAAAGCUCUAGAUAAGACUCUGGGCUCCUGCACUGCACUGUGUGUGGAGGUGAGCUCUGAUGUGGGCCAGUGGGGAGUUGUCAUGUCCGCUUAUUUUCAGGCACUCUGGGGAAGGACACAGUGAUAUGUAGUGUUGUUUGGGAUGUCACUUUCAACUGGGAGGGUGACUUUUUUGCUAAAAUUCCUCCAAGUAUAACACUGAUAAUACAAAUUAAGCAGACACAGCCCCACUGUGAUGCAAUAAAUGCAAACUGUAGAGGUUGGAGGCUGUACCACCACCCAUGGCCGGGUCUUCGUGUGGGUGGUCCCAGCCCUUGGAAAAGCUGGAGGCCCUUCCGUCAUCUCUCUCCUGGGGGUCAUCAUAUCCCUCCUUGGGGUCGGCAGCACAGUAAACCCCCAGAAGCUGCAAAUGUGCUACAUUCCAUGGCAGAGGCGAAUGAAGGUAGCUAAUCAGCCGCCCCUAACAUUGAGGAGAAUAUCUUGACGUUUCCUAGUGAGCCCAGUGGGAUCGCAGGCCCUCAAAGGUAGAAGAGCAAGCGGAAACGAUGGCAGAGAGAGGCAGCACUGCUGGUCUCGCAGGGAGGAGGGUGUGCAGCCUCCGGGAGCUGGAAAAGGCGCAGCAGUGGAUUCUGCCCCCAGCAGUCCUUGAUCACUGCCCAGUGCCAGGCUUCUGUUCUGCAGGACUGUAAGGUCCCGCCCGACCUUCAGUCUGAUGCCCGUCCAGCCCCCCGACCGCCUGGAAUGGAAUGAGUCUAUGCACUCCCUCCGGAUCAGUGUGGGGGGCCUUCCUGUGCUGGCGUCCAUGACGAAGGCCGCGGACCCCCGCUUCCGCCCCCGCUGGAGGGUGAUCCUGCCAUCCUUCGUGGGCGCCGCCGUCCUCUGGCUGCUCUACUCCCACCGCCCGUCCCCAGGCAGGCCCCCCACCCACAACGCACACAACUGGAGGCUCAGCCAGGCACUCGCCGACCGGUACAAUGACACCUACCCCCUGUCUGCCCCCCAGAGGACGCCGGGGGGGAUUCGGUACCGGAUCGCGGUCAUUGCUGACCUGGACACAGAGUCACGGGCCCAAGAGGAGAACACCUGGUUCAGUUACCUGAAAAAGGGCUACCUGACCCUGUCAGACAGUGGGGACAAAGUGGCCGUGGAGUGGGACAGAGAACACAGGGUCCUGGAGUCCCACCUGGCGGAAAAGGGGAGGGGCAUGGAGCUCUCGGAUCUGAUCGUUUUCAAUGGGAAGCUCUACUCCGUGGACGACCGGACGGGGGUCGUCUACCAGAUCGAAGGCGCCAAGGCCGUGCCCUGGGUUAUCCUGUCUGACGGCGACGGGACGGUGGAGAAAGGCUUCAAGGCCGAGUGGCUGGCUGUGAAGGACGAGCAUUUGUACGUGGGCGGCCUGGGCAAGGAGUGGACCACCCCCACGGGGGACGUGGUGAACGAGAACCCGGAGUGGGUGAAGGUGGUGGGCCACAGAGGCAGCGUGGACCACGAGAACUGGGUGUCCGGCUACAACGCCCUGAGGGCCGCCGCUGGGAUCCGGCCGCCAGGCUACCUCAUCCACGAGUCCGCCUGCUGGAGCGACACGCUGCAGCGCUGGUUCUUCCUCCCGCGCCGGGCCAGCCACGAGCGCUACAGCGAGAAGGGCGACGAGCGCAAGGGCGCCAACCUCCUCCUGAGCGCCGCCCCGGACUUCAGCGACAUCUCCGUCAGCCACGUGGGGGAGGCGGUGCCCACGCACGGCUUCUCCUCCUUCAAGUUCAUCCCCAACACCGACGACCAGAUCAUCGUGGCCCUCAAGUCCGAAGAGGACAGUGGCAAAAUCGCCACCUACAUCAUGGCCUUCACGCUCGAUGGCCGCUUCCUCCUGCCGGAGACCGAGAUCGGGAGUGUGAAGUACGAAGGAAUAGAAUUUAUUUAAAUCGUGAAACUUAAGACGUUGACCGAGGCAGAGGGGUGGACCGUUUUAAGCUACGUCAGCACUCAAAUUUUAUAAAAACAAGAGAACUGCACUGUUUCUUUUUGGACCCGUGAGGUGCGUGCCUGGCUGAGAGAUGUCCAAAGUGGGGCCUUCAGUCCCGGCCCGGGAAGGGCGAGGUCCUGGACCCUCCGCGCCGUCUGGGGGCGCGGCCAGGGCGUGGCCCUGCGCUGCCACCUGGUGGUAAGAUCCAUCACUGCAGGCGUCUUGAUCGGACGGCCUUUGGAAUUCGGCCUCACCCUCCUCCAUCCGACCUCCCUUUCUUUUCUUCCCAUUUGUUCUUUUGUUCAAUAAAAUUCCAGGAGCUCCUGC